GCUCGGUCCUUCAUAGUUUGGAGACGUGUUUGGGGACUUGAAGCAGUAGGGAGUGGCUGGAGUGGAGAGUGRAAAGUAGCUCGCUGAUUAAGAUAUGGUCGCUGAUUUGCUCACCCUCACCCAGCUCAACCACAUCUUCCAUCACAAGCAGAACUACGACCUGGACCGCCUACUGACAGGCUCCGAGCAUCUCACGGACAACCUGCUGCGUCUGUUGGACCGUGACCCGGGCCUGCUCGUCAGCACUGUCACUUGCCUCCCCCUUGCCAGCUCCACCAGCGACUUGGUCUCCUCCAGCCUGCAGGCUGCCAAGACCAAGAACCUGGUCUUCUCCAUCCUCCUAGCUGGGGACUGCCUGGUCACCCUGGUACGCAAGAAGGACCAGUACCUGCACCAUAUGGACCUGCASCUGCUCUUCAACCUGGUGGCGUCAUCUUUCCACGAGGGUGAAGGCUGGACGCCCAUCUGCCACCCUAAGUUCAACACUGCUGGCUUCUUCCACACCCACAUCUCUUACCUGGAGCCGGCCUCUGACCUUUGCCUCAUCCUGGUGUCCGCCGACCGGGAGAACUUCUUUAACCUUUCUGAUUGCAAGCACCGCUUCCUGGAGCGGCUGAGCCAACGCACUGCCUACAAGGCCUUGAAGGAGGCGUUGAAGUGCCCCAGCUACUCUGUCAGCCAGGUCAGCAUCCCAGAGCUCAGGCACUUUCUGUACAAGUCCAAGACCUCUGGAAUCUACACAUGCCCUGAGCUGCCCCUGCUAUACCAAUCUGUAGAGGAGCAGGAGAGGCUGAUGGGAUUGUACCAGUACCUCCACAGCCGCUUGCACCACCCGACACGCCCCCUGCGCUCCAUCUACCGCUGUGGAGAGACUGAGAACCUGCUGGCCUGGGUGACAAGUGGCAUUGAGCUCUACCUCUGUUUCAGUCCCCUGGGAACCAAGGCCGUGGCCGUGGCUGCUGUUAAUGAGGGAGGACGACUGACCUAGCUACAGUACUAAGAAACCCUGGCCCUCUAAACCUGCUGCCUCGUGACGUUGAAGUCGGAUGGACACUAUUGUAGGUCAUGGAUGUAAUGCCAACAAAUUAUCAUGCAUCACUUUUGUGCAUAUGCAGUCUGUUUGCUCUUUGCAGAUUCUUCAGUCUAUGGUCAUCAGGGGGUAAAAUUAGGUAAUCACAAUGAGGGUAAAGCUAUGUUUUAUCAAACAUAAUUUCAUGAUUUUAAUUGGUGGUUGACCUAUGGGAAUUGAGAGAUAUCAAAUCAAAUGUAUUUAUAUAGCCCUUCUUACAUCAGCUGAUAUCUCAAAGUGCUGUACAGAA